UUUUUUCUCGUCUCAUAAUGUCUAUUAAAUAUAUUUUUUUCUUUAUGGUGUUUGUCUGUGUUGUAGUUUCUGCCAGUGCUCAACUACCCCAGUUUUCCAUCCCAUUUCCUUUUCCACUCCCAUUCCAACCAAGUCCCGGUAUUCCCGGAUUACCUGAUGUAGCAAAAUGUUGGUCUUCAGUGAUGGAUAUUCCAGGAUGCAUUAUAGAGAUUUACACAUCCAUACUCACAGGACAAUUCGGACAUGUAGGUCCUUCUUGUUGCAAAGCAUUUUUGGAAGCCGAAGCCAAUUGCUUACCGAAACUUCCAUUCAACCCACUUUUUCCUCUCAAAGAACAAUGUUUAAGAAUUGCUAAAGCAGCUCCUCCUACCACAAAAUAGAGUUUUACAUUAAUAGAAGUAAUAGCUAUGUCGUUUUUAUUUUUCAAGGGAUUUUAACAUUUUAGCUAAAUUCUACGACGUUAUCCUCCAAAAAUAUGAUUAUAUAAACAGCAUUUUAGAAAUAAAAAAAUCCUGCAUUUCCUUUUAUAUUAUCCAUGCGGUUCAUGACUGUGAAGAUUCUAAACUAAUCUUACUUAUAAAACAUACAUAAAUUAUACUACAAACUAAAACUAUACAAUUUAAUAUUUGGGAAAGUACAUGGGCUGUAUCUACAAAAUA